AGUUUGGUUUGGGAAUGGUAGGUAUGGCGAGGAUGGAGUCUCCGUUCAAGGGCGAUGUUCUUAAAGGGAAGGUGGCUCUUAUUACCGGAGGCGGCUCCGGCAUCGGAUUCGAGAUCUCUUCUCAGUUCGGCAAACAUGGAGCCUCCGUCGCCAUCAUGGGUCGCCGCAAGCAAGUCCUCGACGCCGCCGUCUCUUCUCUCAGAUCCCUUCGUAUUCCUGCUGUUGGAUUCGAGGGUGAUGUUCGUAAGCAAGAGGACGCACGAAGAGUCGUGGAAUCCACUUAUCAGCAUUUCGGCAAGAUUGACAUUCUCGUCAAUGCUGCUGCUGGGAAUUUCAUUGUCUCCGCCGAAGAUUUGUCUCCCAACGGCUUCCGAACAGUUCUGGAUAUCGACUCAGUUGGAACAUUUACAAUGUGCCAUGAGGCGCUGAAGUAUCUCAAGAAGGGAGGGCCGGGGCAAGACUCAACUACUGGUGGCUCGAUUCUGAACAUAAGUGCCACCUUGCAUUACACAGCUUCUUGGUAUCAGAUACAUGUAUCCGCAGCCAAGGCUGCAGUGGAUGCAACUACAAGGAACUUGGCAUUGGAGUGGGGAACUGACCACGGCAUUAGAGUAAAUGGGAUUGCACCAGGUCCCAUUGGCGAUACACCAGGGAUGAGUAAGCUCGUGCCGGAUGAGAUUCAAAGCAAAGCUAGAGAGCAUAUGCCACUUUACAAACUGGGAGAGAAAUGGGAUAUUGCCAUGGCAGCAAUAUACCUGAGUUCGGGGUCUGGGAAAUACGUGAAUGGGAUGACGAUAGCAGUAGAUGGAGGACUAUGGCUGAGCCGACCUCGGCAUCUGCCCAAAGAAGCCGUGAAGCAACUCUCUCGGGUGGUAGAGAAGAGGUCUAGGGACAAACCCGUUGGCCUCCCUCUCACUUCCAGCAAGUUAUAAAAUGCCUCCCCCUCCUCAGACCCAUUAUUAACAGAUGAUGGUAAUGGUGUCGUGGAUUCAAUCUGAAUAUGAUGUUUUUAUGACAGUGAUAUAUGUGUAUCUGAAACGCAUUCAGCAUGUAGGAUUCAGUGUUGAAUGAAUGUUUCUGGAUACGGAAUAAUUCAUACAUUAAGACACAAGAAUCUUGCAUUCAAAUGUUAUUACUGAAGAGCCUUUAAUGAAAAGCUUUGAUACGCAGCUCA